AUGUUUUUACAAGAGAAGGUUUGGACGUCGACAACUGGGAUACCAAAGUGGAAUCAAUCGCCUAUUGAUUUAAACUCAAUGUAUACAAUACAUCAUAAUUUCCCAAUUUUAGUUCUACAAGGACACUUAGCUUGCAAAGGACCAGCCAAAAUGAUAAAUACUGGAAACACAGUAAAAAUUGAAUUUAUUGGUAAUCGAGUGGCGACAUUAAAAGGCGGACCGUUAAAUGAUGAAUAUCAAUUUUCGGAUUUGCAGUUUCGUUGGGGUUCGACUAAUGCUUUUGGAGCUGAACAUUCCAUUAAUAGUGUUUGGUUUUCAAUGGAAGCACAAGCAAUACAUUGGAAUAAACGUUAUGGUUCCAUUGAUAAAUGUUAUGAGAAACCAGAUGGAAUUGCCAUCAUUGCAUUUUUAUUUCAAGUAAUCGGUUGUCCUGGAAUGCCGGACAAUCCAAAUUUUUUGCAAAUAACCGACAAUUUAAAUUAUAUUAAAUUAGCUAAUAAAUAUACUAUUCUUCGUCCAGAUUGUUUAAAAUGGAUUGCAGAAGCCAUUUCAAAACCUGGAUAUUAUACUUAUACUGGAUCUCUUACUACUUAUCCCUAUUCAGAGUGUGUAACUUGGAUUGUUAUACCUUGUCCUAUUGUAAUUUCGGCUAGACAGGCUGAUGCAUUUAGAAGACUUUAUAACAACAAAACUGAACUCAUUACUCACAACUUUAGAUCACAGCAAAAAAUUCAUGAUAGAAAAAUUUUUUACGCUAUUGGUUGA